AUGGAUUUUCAAGUUCCUUGGGCUGCUCGACAUGACCGACAAAAAGUCGAUCUAGCUUUCAUUGUGGACUGCACGGGAUCAAUGGGCUCUUACAUUAGACAAGCGCAAAAACACAUUCGAACCAUCGCGGAGACGGUGUCAAGAACUGCAUUCAGUGUGAAACUUGCGUUGGUCGAGUACAGGGACCAUCCUCCACAAGACUCAACAUUUGUGACUAAAGUUCACGAUUUUACCUUUUCUGUGUCUGAAAUGAAGACUUGGGUGGAUGGGAUGAGUGCUAAUGGUGGUGGAGACGGGCCCGAAUCAGUUGCUUGCGCCUUGGUUGACGCUGCCACUAAACUUAGUUACAGAAAAGACGCCACUAAGAUGUGUGUUCUCAUUGGUAAGUAAGGAUGCUAAUCCUUCCUAACAUCCUAGACGCAGUUGGCUUCCAGCUUCGGAAAAUAGGGGGAAUCAAUUGCUCUCGUAAACAGCUCAAGGACAAUUUUAAAUUUUCCCCGGUCAGUUUCGUUGGAAAUAGAGGUUGGCUGGGGGGAGGGGGUGGGGGAGGGGAAGGGAGAGGGGGAGGGGGUACUGUUAGCUAAGGAAGUGUAACUCGUCCUUGUGGGCCUGAUGCUUCCAAAUUCAUUUUUAGCAAGUAUUGUAAUAAAAUUGGACAUGAAGAGACAAAGCUGUGAUCACAGACUUAAUUAACAGAAAAAGCACAGAAAGGCAAUUAACAGAAAUGCCAUAAAAAAACUUAACUUGGAGCUAGCCAGUUAGCAGGUAAAGACUGAUUGUAAACUGCAAAUACAGUUGCCUCUCACCGCAGGCUACCUUUUGCUGGGAUGUUUCAUGAGAGGCGACUGCAUUUACCCAUCCAUACUGAUGGUGUGAACUUGUCCAGAAUCUUUGUUCAGAUUUUGCUGAAAAACACGUUUUGAAGCUAGUUGAGCAGUCUUCUGGUCACUGUUUUCUGGUUUUCUGGUUCUCUCCUCCCCUCUUUUUUGCUUUUCUUGCCUCAAUUUUUUUUCUCUUACUGGGCAUUUAGUAGGCUUCAUUUUGGUGGGAAAAGGUUUUAGGAAAAGUUUGUAGGAUCUUAGGAUUAUGGAAGGAAAGGUAGGUGGGUAGUGGUACAAGAUUUUCAUGGAAAUUUUUGGGUCAAUUUUACAUGGUUUUUUUGCCUUUUUAUCCGGUGUCCUUGAGUGAAUUGUGCUCUUUCUGGUAUGGUUUGAAAGAUCUCUUCAUUCUGCACAAGUUAGCACACAAAGUUAUUCAUGACCAUUUAAACUGAUGAUGUCACAAGCGGUAGAAGGGAUGUGGAUCUGCAUGGCCGGUUACAGGUGGCUUAGAGGCGAAUGUGUCAACAAAUGCGGCUUAUAAUCCCCACCUUGUUAUGAGCCCAUCUACCUUUACUAAACAAUAAAAUUCAUCCUAUUAUAAGCUCCCCCCAGAUAUAAGCCCCCUCCAGAUGUAUUGAAUGAAUUCUUAUUUGAUACGAGCUUUUGUAGCUUAAUUAAAAACCAGUCAUGCUAAACUAAUUUCAAUCAGCAGUGCUAUAGCUUGUUUAUUUCAGUUUUAACCCCCCUCAGGUAAAUAUAAGUCCUCUUAAAACCCGGUAUACCAUGUUCCCCUUAUCAGGUGGUAACUAGUAAAAUUUACCUUCUGAAACAACACUUCUUACCACCUGCAACCUCUUGCAGGCUUACUAAAAUGAAAAAAAAGUGGAUAUUUGAAAAAAGGAAGUUGUGAUCCAAUCUGCUUCUUAAAAGGAAAAUGAAUAAACAGAUAUGGAAAAGUACUUAAGUAUACAUGUACACAGUUUUUCUUUUUGUGGGUUACGCAUUUUGGAAAGAUAACAGAGUGAAGACAGAGUAAAGUUAUUUGAAUCAAACGUUUUAAAUUGUUGCCUUUGGCGCACAUUUUUUGCCUUACUGGCUAUGAAUGGUCCUUUACGUGCUGAGCUAUAAUUUAGGGAGAACAUUGUGUAUAAUCCCAGGGCUUUUAAGCAGAAAUGUGUGUAAUCAACUUGACAGAAACUGCUGAGAUUGAUGCUGCUAGUCAUCCACAGUGAACUGUUUAAAACUCUUGAUUUUUACAUUGAUCCCUUUAGCUGAUGCUCCUCCCCAUGGCCUUGGAAUAGAUCAUGAUGGCUUCCCCGAAGGUUGUCCUUCUAGGAAUGAUCCAAUGAAAGCUUGCAAAACCAUGGUUGAAAGUGGAAUAGUACUCUACUCUGUUGGGUGUGAACCUGCUAUCUUGUCCUAUAAGGAUUUUUUUAUGGGUCUAGCAUUCAAAACAGGAGGACAGUAUGUGCCACUUUCAAGAGCUCAAGCAUUGUCACAGGUAAAUGUC